AUGGCAAGAUCCAAAAGUCCUCUAUUAAAGAUGGAAUCAAAGGCCUUCGGUUCUAUUACAGUCUCGAUUAUUACCCUUCUUCUCUGUGUAACAAUUCAAUUAGGGAUUUGCAGAUCAGAAGAGAAAAGAACGGAGAAGACGAUGAUGCUAGGAGGCGUUCAUGAUCUCCGAGGAAACCAGAACAGUGGAGAGAUCGAGAGUCUUGCUCGAUUUGCCAUUCAAGAGCAUAACAGCCGAGAGAACAAGGUUCUUGAGUUCAAGAAGAUUGUGAAAGCAAGAGAGCAGGUUGUUGCAGGAACCAUGUACUACUUGACUCUAGAAGCAAAUGAAGGUGACAAAACGAAGAAUUUCGAAGCCAAAGUGUGGGUGAAGCCAUGGAUGAACUUCAAGCAAUUGGAGGAGUUUAAGGAAUCCUCCACUUGA